AUGACAUCUUCACAGACGUCCUGUUCUUCAAACAUGUCAUUCUCUUCAUUACAAUAUGUUUCAUCCUUAUCUCCUGUAUUGAAACAACAACAACAACAAGAAGAAGACGACAAUACGAGGAUAAUACGGAUGCCUUCCAGGGAAUCUUCAAUAUCAACGCCCAUACCAAGUAUUGGUCAAAGUCAGAUCAAUCGAAACAGAGCAUGCUUGUUACGUGAAGCAAAACUGUUGCAAGAUCCCGAUUUUGACUUCUUAUGGGGAAUGCAAGAAACGAUGCAACCAUUUGCUGAAACAGCUGGUGGACGAACGACAUUUCUUCGUUCAUUACGUAACAAACUAAACUAA